AUGACCGACACAAAAGACCAGGAACCCGCAGAAAUGCGAGUUGAUCCAGCACGAGCAAAACACCUCUCCUCAAACAUCUCCUCCAUACUCUCUCGCAUCGAGUCCGCCAAACCUUCUUCAGGCCCACCAGUCCGCCUCGUCGCCGUCUCCAAGCUCAAACCCGCCAAUGACGUUCUAGCCCUGCAUUCCGCACCCCACAACCACCUCCAUUUUGGCGAAAACUACCAGCAAGAACUCCUCCAAAAAUCUCUCCUUCUGCCCCGAGAAAUCCGCUGGCAUUUCAUCGGCGCGUUGCAGACGAAUAAGUGCAAGCCGUUGGCGGAACAGAUACCGAAUCUGUGGUGCGUGGAGAGUGUGGAUACGGGGAAGAAGGCUGAUCAGCUAGAGAAAGGGAGGGCGGCGCUCUGUGAGAAGGAGAAAGAUUACGGAGGGGUGCCAUUGAGGGUGUUCGUGCAGGCCAAUACGUCCGGGGAAGAGGAGAAGAGUGGGGUGGAACCUGAAGGGGGCGGCGGAGUUGUGUAG